AUGGGCUCCCUGCUGAUGCCGCUGCUCGGCAGCGUCGCUGCCAAGGCCGGCGACGCGCUUGUCGCCGAGCUGCUGCGGGCUUGGGGGCUGGACAAGUCCCGCCGGAAGCUCGAGCGCCACCUCGCGACUGUCCAGUGCAUCCUGCUAGACGCCGAGGUCAAGGGCCGAACCAACCCCGCCGUCAGCCUGUGGAUGAAGGACCUCAAGACCGCAGCCUACCAGGCAGACGAUGUCCUCGACGACUUCCGCUACGAGGUGCUACGCCGCCCCUCCAAGACAUCUAAGGUGCUGCGCUACUUCACCGCCAAUAGCCCGGUUGUUUUCCGUCUUCACAUGAGUUGGAAGUUGAAGGAUGCCCUUGAGACGAUAGAUGAACUGAUUGUGGAAAUGAACAAUUUUCACUUCCUGCAGCAUACCGAGGCACCAAGCAUUGUUCAUCCUCAUACACACUCUCGUGUCGAUGAAUCAGAGAUUGUCGGGAGACAAGAUGAGAAGGAACAAGUGGUGAACAUAUUACUUGACCACUCCCUCAACAACAGUUCCAAUAACAAUGUCAUGGUGCUCCCCAUAGUUGGUAUGGGGGGGAUCGGUAAGACUACCCUUGCCCAACUUGUGCACAAUGAUCAGAGGGUGAAACAUCAUUUUGAGUUAGUCAUAUGGGUCUGUGUCUCUAACAAGUUCGUUAUCGAAGAACUUGUUCGAUCUGUAAUACAAGUCGCCACGUUGAACAAGUGUGAAUUGACUGAGAUGGAGGCACUACAGAAGAAGCUCGGUGAAGUGUUGGGCAAUAAUAGGUACCUCCUAGUAUUGGAUGAUGUUUGGAAUGAAGAUAGACAGAAGUGGGAUGAUAUGAGAUCUUUGUUAUGCUCACAUGCUGGCUCAGGCAGUGCUAUAAUUGUUACAAGCCGCAACGAUCAAGUUGCUGCUAUCAUGGGCACACAUCCUCCACAUCAGAUAUCACUUCUUAAUGAUGAUCAAUCAUGGGAGCUUUUUCACAAAAAUGCAUUUGGAAGGGAAGUGGAGAAGCAAGAGGAAUUAAUUUCAAUGGGUAAGAGUAUUGUCAACAAGUGUAAGGGGUUGCCUCUUGCUAUCAGGACCAUAGCAGCUUUACUUCGUUUGAAGAAUCACAAUCAGUGGUUUUCCAUUCUGGAUAGUGAUGUAUGGAAGGAUGCCAUCCUCACAACUACUGGGAUUGUACCUGCACUUCAGCUGAGCUAUGAUCACUUGUCAUCAGAAGAAAAGAUAUGUUUUUCCUUGUGUGCUAUUUUCCCCAAGGAUAGCCAAAUGGAUAAAGACAUGCUAAUCCAGCUAUGGAUGGCAAAUGACUUUAUUGCAUCAGAAACAAGAGGCCUACAAAUUUUUGAUGUGCUAGUUUGGAGGUGUUUCCUCCAAGAUGUGCAGAUUCAAAAGGAUCUACUCUCUGCGUAUGAAGAUGAGAAAAUCCACCGACCAACUACUUGCAAGAUGCAUGAUCUAAUGCAUGAUCUUGUUGAUUCGAAUCUUCAUCACAUCAGGAGAUUCCGCAAGGAUCCACAGCUGCUAGAUCAUUACAGCAUGAGGCUCAACAUUUGUCACUUCAUUAUGUCAAAAUUAACAGAAGGCAUGAAAUAUAUGAGAAGUCUUCGACAUAUCUUCCUUGUUGGAUGUAUAGGAUUGGAGCGCAUGCCAGAGGGUAUUGGCCAGCUGAAUUCUCUACAAACAUUGACAAGUUAUGUCAUUGAUAGUGAUGCAGGUCGUGGAAUUGAUCAGCUGAAAGAUCUGAAUCUAGGUGGUGCUCUUUCUUUGUUUAAGCUGAGAAAAGUGCAUGCUGCAGAAAAUGCUAAAGAAGGCAACCUGUCUACCAAGCAUAAUUUGAAACGAUUGUCACUCAAUUGGGAACGUGAACCUUACAGUACUCGUAUUCAAUAUGCAGAUGCUAAAGCAGAAGCAAUAUUAGAGGCCCUUCUUCCCCACAAAAGGCUAGAAAUUCUAGUGUUACGUAAUUACACUGGUGCUAAAUUGCCAUCAUGGAUGCACAACUCUACAGUGUUAGAGCAUCUCAGUGAACUUAGUCUGACUGACUGCAUGAAUUGCAAGGAUCUUCCACCAUUAUGGCGGCUGCCUUCCCUCGUGUACUUGCGUUUGAACGGCUUGCAUAGCUUGACAAGUAUAUGUGUUGGCACUGAAGAUACUAACAUCAGGGAGUCCAAUACUUCUACGCCACCCUUCUUCCCUAAAUUGGAACAAAUGAUAAUUGCCGACAUGGAUGAACUAGAGCGAUGGCACCAGGAGGUGCCAGGACAAGUGGCACAUGUAUCAUUCCCUCUGCUCAAGAAUCUAUAUAUUGCUGUAUGCCCGAUAGCAAGCAUGCCCAAGAUGCUCCCUUUACUAGAAGAACUAGUGGUGAAGGGCCGAAGUUGCAUUCCCCUUCACCAUAUGUUUAAUCUCUCAGUGCAAUCUAAUCUUCAGUGCAAAGGCAUAAUUGAUAUGUACCCAACAUAUCGUUGGCGGCAGAUGGACCUUCAUUUCUCGAGGCUUGGUGACUCUAGAGUGAAACUGAGGCUUAAAGACUUCGCAGAAAAUAUAGAGCUCUUUGAUGAGGAGCUGAAAACAAUACCUUGCAGAUUUAUUAAGGAUGUGGAUAUAGUAGAUUGCAAUUGCCUUUUCUCAUCUGAACCAUCCCAAAUACAACGGAAUAUAUGGAACCAUUUUGGUUUUGUUGAAAGAAUGGAGAUUAGAGGCAACAAUAGUAUAGUACAAUGGCCAGCAAUAGAGUUCAGAAGCUUGAGUUGUCUUCGAGUUCUAAAUGUGCUUGGUUGUUCCAACUUGACUGGUUCACUUCCAUCAACAAUAUCUGCUAAUGAAAAUGACAUGCCUCCUCGACUCCAGGAUCUUGAAAUCAAAGAAUGUGAAAAUUUGGUGGAGGUACCAAAGUUGCCUGCAUCUCUUGAAAAAUUGUUGAUCUGGUAUUGUCGCAAGCUGGUGUCCAUGCCAGCAAUUAUGGGGAACGACAAAAAAUUGCUAGAACUCAGUGUGUAUCAGUGCGAUGCCCUCACGAAAUUUUCAGAUGGAAUGUAUGAAGUCACUGCGCUCAGGGAUCUAGUAAUGGAGGGGUGUCCAGGGGUAGAGACAUUGCCGGAGGGACUCGUACAGCAGCUCCCAGCCCUCAAGAUACUAUGGAUCAAAAACUGUCCCAACUUGGAGGUAGCUUUCCCAAGAGGAGGCGCAUACUGGAAUUUGGUUGAAGCAAUUCCACAGAGAACAGUUGGCUAG